UCAUACACAAAUACACAAUACCGAAAGCACUGCCAUCUCCUUCGUUCUUAUUCUAACUAUUCGUCUUUGUCUUGUCUGUGGGUCAUAAAAGCUGCGCACGCAUCUUUGCUUUUCACAUCAGGACCGUACAUAAAUUAGGAGUGAUCUGAGAAUAAUGGAUGGUCCAGGUACGAUCACAUGGGAGGAAUUUCUCGAAGAUGCUGAAAAAUUCGUACAAAUGUCGAAUUAUAUCUCUGAUGGAUGGGAUCUUCGAGGUAAUAAGAAUAUACCAGGUGAAGUAUACGUUGUUCGGCGACAGAAACAAUAUAUUUACAAUAAUUCAAAUAAUUAUACGGUAUUGGAAAAUAACGAUCUCAAUUUCAUGUUGAAAAAAGAAGAUCCAUUCGAAGCCACUUGUCCCAUCGAGAAACCAUUAAUUACGGAACAUCAUAUACUAUGGUCGAUGAGUUAUAGCGUUCCAGUGCUUUAUUUUAAUGGAUGGAAAUCAGAUUUUCCGGGUAUUAAUUCAAUAUCAAUGGAAGAAGCACAAUCCUUUGUUUGUGAUAGAGAAUUAAAGUACAAGGAUUUAUCUCAAGCAAUGCAUCCUAUAUUAGGUACACCUUUUUUAUAUUUGCAUCCUUGUAUGUCUCAUGAACUUCUACAAAUAACGAGCAAAAGUAAAAAUAAAUUAGUCAGUUGGCUCAGUACUGUUGCUCCUGCUGCUCUUAAUCUUAAACUACGUCCCGAAUAUUAUCAAUUAACUAUCUAAUAUAUAAAUUUUAAAAUAUCAUAAUUAAAUUGUAAUAUAUUGUAACUUCAAAAAAAAAAAACUGUCUAUUGAAUUGAAUAAAACUAUAUAA